AUGGCGGCCACUGCUCCCAAGCCGAGCAGCGCAUGGCUCGCCCUGGCCAUUGGAAGCGGUGCUUGUGCCGCCUUCAACGGCAUGUUCGCCAAGCUCACGACGACGUCGCUCACGACGAGCUGGUCGCAUGCGCUCCUCUCCUUGUUCAACCUCUCGCCGGACAACAAGGUCUUCGAGUUCUCCUUCCGCGGCUUCUUCUUCCUGCUGAACCUGCUCUUCGAUGCCAUCAUGUGGGGCCUCUUCACCCGCGCCCUCACCCUCGCCUUCUCGACCGUGCGCGUCAGCAUCAUCAACACCACGUCAAACUUCAUGACGACGGCCAUCCUCGGCGCCCUCAUCUUCGGUGAGUCCCUGCCCGGCCUGUGGUGGUUGGGCGCCGCCAUGAUGAUCGCCGGCAGCGUCAUCAUCGGGAAAAGGGAGGAGAAGACGCUCAAGGGAACGGCUGCUGCUGCUGGCGCAGAAGGGUUAGUGGUCGGGUCAGGGAGUGAGGAGGAGAGGGUAGGAUUCUUGGACAAUCCGGAGAGGGCCGAGGAGGAGGCUGAUGAUGAUGACGCGGUGGAGUUGGCGACAGUGCCGGAGGUGGGAAGUGAGGAUGAGAGCGAAUGGCGGAGAUAA